UCAGCCACUUCAGUGCAACUUGCUAGAGCACUUGUCUUGGGAACUUGUCAGGACAGAAGCCAGGGUCCAAGCCCAGCCAUGCCACUCAACGAGCACAUGAACAGUCCAGCCUGCCGGCAUCUCUUCAUCUUUAUUCUCUCGCAAUUUGUAAUGGCCUUCUGCUUGUUUGCCUACAUUCGGAUCUCCAAGGACCCAGGCCCAGGGCCCCAGGCUGGCCAACCCUCUGCUCUGAUCGCCCAGCCUGCAAACAACCCCACAACUCCACAGCCUGCUUCAGAGCUCACCAUCCUGCUGUGGACCUGGCCUUUUCACCAACGUGUUGAGCUGAGAAAAUGCUCCGAGCUCUUAGGCAUCCCGGAUUGUCACAUCACAGCCAACCGCAGCUGGUACCUCAAGGCUGAUGCUGUGAUCGUACAUCACUGGGAUGCGAAUUCUAGCCCAAAGGCACUGCCCCAGGACCCAAGGCCUCGCUCCCAGCGCUGGAUCUGGUUCAGCUUGGAGUCCCCCAGCCUGAGUCCUCACCUGGGCAUCAUGGAUAACCUCUUCAACCUGACCAUGUCUUACCGAAGGGACUCUGAUAUCUUCACCCCCUACGGGGGGCUGGAGGUCCUCAGCCAGCCCCAGAACUUCAGCAUCCCUGCCAAGUCCAAGCUGGUGGCCUGGGCGGUGAGUAACUGGAACCCAGCUUCCCGCCGGGUGCAGUACUAUGAGGAGCUGAAGAAGUACAUCCACGUGGAUAUAUAUG